AUGAUAGAUCGUACUCAUGCUGGUAUGUAUGCUGGCAAGCCCACGGGCCCGACGAGCCCUCCGAGUGCAGCGACUAGCGAUCGGUUGGCACAGUGA